CAGACAGACGGGAAUGAAAGCUUUUCCUCAGAGUUGAGGAGCAGGUUGGGUUUCGCUCGCGAAUGAACGUUAACGACCGACCGGCGACGACCGAGCAGGAGUUUGUCGAAAACAGCGUCCAGACUUCACGACCAGCCGCGCGGAUGCAGACGAGGACAUGAGGCGGAAUAUGUGCAGACUUUGCUCGGAGCGAGACAUGAGUCCAGGAUACUGAUUAGAGUUGACACAAGCCCAGCUCCAGUAGCAACUCUAUCCACACUUCACCUCCAACCCCCUCCUUCACUCCUCAACCAGGAAAUCAUCGCGCAUUGCCGCUUAUCCGUCUUCCCACAGAUUAAACAAAACACCAAACCCCUCGGUGGGUUUAUCCAUGAGGAUAUCGCCGAUUUCUCCUGUGUUUUCGCCCCUGGAAGUUCGGCUUUAGGUCUGAGGAGGAUCCGCGCUGUCGUCGAACAAUGAGUGAGUCAAGUAUCUGUCAGGCCCGGGCCACUGUGAUGAUCUAUGACGAUGGCAGUAAAAAGUGGGUCCCGGCAGGCACGGGCCCACAAGCCUUCAGCAGGGUCCAAAUCUACCACAAUCCUACCAAUAAUGCCUUCAGAGUGGUGGGACGCAAGAUGCAGACUGACCAGCAGGUUGUAAUAAACUGUCCAAUUGUAAAGGGAUUAAAAUAUAAUCAGGCCACGCCAAACUUCCACCAGUGGCGGGACGCCCGGCAGGUGUGGGGACUCAAUUUUGGCAGCAAGGAAGAUGCGGCACUGUUCGCCAAUGGCAUGAUGCACGCUCUCGAUGUGCUCAGCUUGAUCCCCGAUGGAGGUUACUCCGCACGGCCCGUGUCUAAUGGACCAUCCCCAGAAGAGCUGGAGCAGCAGAGAAGAUUGGAACAGCAGAGGCUGGAACAGCAAGAGAGAGAGAGACAAGAAAGAGAGAGACAAGAGAGAGAACGGCAGGAAAGGGAAAGACAAGAGAGAGAAAGACAAGAGAGAGAACGACAAGAGAGAGAACGGCCAGUAGCUUCAGUUGUGAUUCCUCCAGCACCGCCUUUGGCCCCUGGAGGCCCUCCGGCUCCCCCGGGACCCCCACCUCCCCCUGGACCCCCUCCAUCUGGACCUCCUCCACCACCUGGGCCUCCGCCUUCAGGAGGAGGAGCUCCACCGCCUCCUGCUCCUCCACUGCCCUCUUCUGGAGGAGGUGAUGGAGGUGGAGGACCUGGAGGUGGUGGUGGUCUCGCUGCUGCCCUUGCAGCUGCCAAACUUCGCAAAGUGCCCAAGGAUGACGCUGGAGGUGGAGGUGGUGUUGCCAGUGCUGCUGCCAGUGCGGCGGCACCUAAAGCGGACAGCAGCCGUAACAGUGUGUCAAUGCCCAGCGGAGGAGGAGGAGGUGGUGGUGGAGGAGGAGGUGGUGGAGGAGGAGGAGGCCUGAUGGGAGAGAUGAGCGCAAUUCUAGCUCGACGGAGAAAAGCAGCAGAUAAAGGAGAAAAGCCACCUCCAAAAGCAGAAGAGCCCACUAAUGACGAUUCCGACACUCAAGGCCCAGGCGACUUCAGAAGACCAUGGGAAAAAUCCGCCACCAUGCCCAGGACUAACUCAGCACCCAGAAGUCUGGAGUCACCCUCUUCAUCUAGUCCACUUGUCAGGAUGAAACCUGUCAGCCAGUCAGCAGAGGCUGAAAGUGGAGAAGGCGAGUCAGAGAUGGAACGAAUUAAACAGGAACUGUUAGAGGAGGUGAGAAAAGAGCUGCAGAAGGUUAAGAAUGAAAUCAUCGGAGCCUUUAUUCAGGAGUUACAGAAACGAGGCUCUACAUAGUCCCACAGAAACUGAUGGGAAGGGAUCGUUCGGUCCUGAGAACCCAGGGAUACAUUCACACACACACAACACACACAAUCACCCAGGGACUUAACCCUUAAUCAUUACCAUUCAACUAAGAUGAGCUUUGUUGUACCUUUACAUGCCAUUUUUAUUUUUCCUUCACAUUCAUCCAUUUCUUUUUCUCUCUCUCCACAUUUACUUUGACAUAUUUAGUUUUUUUUCCUCCACUUAAUAGUUUUGCAUACUGUACACGUCAUCACCCUCACACUUGAUUUCUGUGCAUAAAUGCUCACCGUAAAAACUCAAUACUUGCCUAAAGUUAUUGUAUUCAGGGAAUAAUGCAUAUCUCUUAUAUCCCAGUGACUGUAAUGGCCAUAUACAGACCCACAUUGCAAUGAUGCAGCACUGAAGAGGCUAAAACAAGGUGGAAAAGACCUGCAAUACACACAUACAAACACACACAAUCCUCAUGAUGGACCUGUAUACAGUACCGGGUUCAUUCUUGUGCUUUCAGCUGGGAGAUUUUCACAUCACAGCCUGAUUUAGCUCAAUUCAGGAGAAAUGAUAACCUUUUUGUGUGUGUGUUAACGUUUAUUUGAGGCUCUGUUUUUUGUUGUCGUGUGUGUGAGUUGAGUUUGUGCUCGCGUAUGAACGAAUGGCUGCCUCGGCCUCUGUUUAUCAGUGCCAUCUUGUAUUUUGGUCACCUGAAACAACCGUUCUCAAAGCUUCAGCCCUCAUUUGAGAUGUUUUUGUUUUAAACUUUGUGUUGAGAUAUGAUUUACUAUGGCCAUGAUCUGCUGGCCAUGCCAAACUGCCUUGGAAAAUACAUAUAAAUAUAAAUAUAUAAGGUAUAUAUAUUUGUUUUGAGGGAAAAUGAUAGAAAAAAAAUACAGAAGUUGAGAUAAUGUUUCUAUUUUAAUUGAAAUGAUUGGUGAAUGGGGACUUAUUGUGAUUUAUUGUGUAAUCUUUUCAGAGAUUAUUUUUUGGUUUUCUGUUCUCUUUUUUUUUUGUUUCUUUUCUAUAGAAUAUAGGCUUUUUACACUGAAAUAUAUCAAGAAAAUUGCGUAGAGACACUGGAUUAGAUGCCUUUAUAGUCAAAUACAGCUGCUUCUUCUACUGCA